AUGGCACCACGCUCGGUGAGCCUGCUGUUCUUGCUGACGCUCGUGGUGGCCGCCGCAGGAGCCGACGACGAGGCCGCGCUGAUUGCCUUCAAGGCAGCGGCGAUCGCUGGCGGCAGCAAUGGCGACACCCUCGCGUCGUGGAACAGUAGCAGCGCCGGCGGAUUCUGCGGCUGGGUGGGGGUGACGUGCGGGGGCAGGCACCGCCGAGUUGUGGCGCUGAGCUUGCACGGGGGGCUGAGUGGAGCCCUCUCGCCUGCCGUUGGGAACCUGUCGUUCCUCAGGACUCUGGACCUCAGCUCCAACGCAUUCAGCGGGGGCAUCCCCGACAGCCUCGGACGCCUCCGCCGCCUGCAAGCCCUCGACCUGAGCAACAACAGCUUCUCAGGCAAGAUCCCCGCCAACCUGAGUUCCUGUACCAACCUAGUGCUUAUGCGCCUCCGCUUCAACCAGCUCGACGGGUUCGUCCCCUACGAGCUCGGUGAGAAAUUGGUGAAUCUCAGAGUGCUCAGCCUAACGAACAACAGCCUCACCGGCACCAUCCCGGCGUCACUGGCCAACCUGUCGUCGCUUAGCAUCCUGUCUCUUGCGUUCAACCAGCUCCACGGCGCUAUUCCUCCUGGCCUCGGCGGCAUCCAGGCCCUCCAGCACCUCGACCUCAACAACAACCACCUCUCUGGCGAACCCCCACAUUCCUUGUACAACUUAUCCUCACUGGAAUGGUUUCAGAUCCAAGAAAACAUGCUCCACGGCAGAAUUCCUGAUGUCAUAGGCAGCAAGCUCCACAGCAUACAGAUUCUUAGUUUUUACGCUAACCAGUUCACCGGAUCCAUCCCUGUUUCACUCUCCAACCUCACUGCUCUGCAGCUACUUGACCUCUCAGAAAAUAGGAUCCGUGGAUAUGUGCCUAGUGAAAUUGGAAGAUUGGGAGCUCUACAAAGCCUAUUAUUGUACAGAAACCUGCUACAAGCAGAUGACAAGGAGGGCUGGGAAUUCAUCACAUCCCUGUCAAACUGCACCCAGCUAACGGAAUUUGAAAUCGGCAAUGCCGCUUUGACUGGGCAGCUGCCAAGUGCAAUAGUGAAUCUAUCUAGCCUACGAAUCCUCAACUUCGACGGAUCUGGGAUCUCAGGAAGCAUACCAUCAGCCAUCAGCAAUCUUCUCAACCUUGAGUUCCUGGGUCUGUCACGUACUUUCGUCUCAGGAGUGAUUCCAGAGAGCAUUGGCAGGCUGCGAAACUUGGGUAUAGUAUAUUUGUUCAAUACUUACUUGUCGGGCAUCAUACCUUUAUCUAUUGGAAAUCUUACACGGUUAAAUACGCUUAUUGCACAUCGUUGCAAACUGGGGGGACCAAUUCCAGCAAGCAUAGGGAAUAUUACGAAUCUAGUUUAUCUUGAUAUAUCAAACAACUUCCUUAACGGUUCAAUUCCCAAUGAGAUUGUCAAACUGCCAUCCCUUUCCUUCUUAAAUUUAUCAUACAAUUCACUAUCGGGACACCUUCCUUCGGAAAUUGGUAGUUUGGGAAACCUUGGAGUACUAGUUCUAUCUAGAAACCAAUUGUCUGGUGAGAUACCUGGUAGUAUUGGGGGAUGCACUGUGCUGCUAUACCUUGGAUUGGAUGAUAACUCAUUCGAUGGAAGCAUACCUCAAACUCUGAGUAACUUAAAAGGGCUAACUGCACUCAAUUUAUCCAUGAACAAAUUAUCUGGUGCCAUCCCAAGUAACAUUGGAACUAUCCGAGAUCUUGAAGUGUUGUGUCUGGCACACAACAACUUAUCAGGGCCAAUCCCUCCACUUCUACAGAAUUUGACAGCAUUGUCGGAAUUGGAUCUGUCAUUCAACAAUCUGCAAGGGGAGGUGCCAAAGGAGGGUAUCUUCCGAUAUUUCACUAACUUUUCAAUCAUUGAAAACAGUGAGCUUUGUGGUGGAUUACCUCAACUUCAUUUAGUUCCAUGCCAGACAAGUCCCAUGAAAAAGAACAGAAAAGGGCAGCUGAAGCAUCUUAAAAUAGCUCUAGCAACAAUUGGUGCACUCUUGACAUUAGCUUUCUUUAUUGCACUCCUUCAGCUUAUCAAGAACAAGCUUAAACGAAAUCGUAACCAACCCUUAUCACCAAUAGUUGAGGAACAAUAUGAAAGAGUUUCUUACCAUGCAUUAACAAAUGGAACAAAUGGAUUUUCAGAAGCCAAUUUGCUUGGUAAAGGAAGCUUUGGGGCGGUCUACAAAUGCACUUUACAGCCUGAGGAAACAAUUACGGCAGUGAAAGUUUUUAACCUUCAACAAUCUGGAUCCACUAAAAGUUUUGUGGCAGAAUGCGAGGCGUUGAGAAGGGUACGUCACCGUUGUCUCAUUAAGAUCAUCACGUGCUGCUCAAGCAUGAAUCACCAAGGUCGAGAAUUUAAGGCACUAGUUUUCGAGUUCAUGCCAAAUGGUAGCUUACAUGGUUGGCUUCAUCCGAAUUCUAACACUCUCACUGUGAGAAAUACUCUAAGCCUAGAACAAAGGCUAGACAUUGCUGUGGAUAUCAUGGAUGCUUUGGACUAUCUUCAUAACCACUGUCAGCCACCAAUCGCUCAUUGUGAUCUCAAGCCAAACAACAUCCUUCUUGCUGAAGACAUGAGGGCCCGAGUUGGAGACUUUGGCAUAUCACGAAUCCUUCCAGAAAAUGCAAGUACAAUCCUGCAAAAUUCAAAUAGCACGAUUGGAAUAAAAGGCUCCAUUGGUUAUGUUGCUCCAGAGUAUGGCGAAGGCUCUGCAGUCUCAACUAUUGGUGAUGUGUAUAGUCUCGGUAUAUUAUUGCUUGAGAUGUUUACUGGAAGGAGCCCCACAGAUGACAUGUUCGGAGACAUGUUAGAUCUACAUAGGUACGCCAAGCAUGCGCUCAGCAAAAGCAUCUUGGAUAUUGUUGAUUCGACAAUCUGGCUGCAUAUAGAGUCAACAGAUAGCAAUAUAAGGAGCAGAAUUAAGGAUUGCUUGGUUUCUGUCAUCAAGCUUGCUAUAUCAUGCUCAAAGCUACGUCCAGGGGAUCGAACAGCAAUGAGCGAUGCAGCAGCAGAGAUGCACACCAUCAGAGAUUCAUACCACAAGUUUUCCUGCUAG